AUGACGAAAAGCUCCUCGCAGCGCAAGAAAGAGCUUCGCGAACAAGUCAAGGAGGCGGCAGCACUGGGUCCCGCUCGGGGAGAUCGCCCCCAACAGGAGCCGAUUCCCGAGAAGGCCGCGCCAGCCACCGGCGAGGAGAAAGGUGCUACCCCCGAGGGGACAGAGAACGGGAGCGACGAGGACGACAACGACGGCGACGAAGGGGAAUGGGACAACGAGAGCGAACGGCAUGUCAUGUACGAGUUGCUCGACGGCUUUCGGUCACAGAACGUGUCCGCGGACGAUCGGCACGCGCUCAAAACCUCCGCUGGGGGCCAGUUUGCUGACAUGCUCUCACGCCACUGGACGGAGAAGUCCACUCCACCCGAGUGGCUGGUGUCCCUCUUCCGCCCCACCGCACCUCCCACCACCACGACUCCGGCUUCUGCAGAGGAAGUGGCUCAGUGGAGGUAGCACCUCCCCCGACCUAGUUCUCCGUCAACCAAUCUUGCCUACUGUCACUCAGAACACACCUGCCCAUCCUCGGAACCUAGCCCCUGGUUUAGCAUCUACUCCGGAUAGCCAGAAUAGUGAUUACAGGCGUAGCAACCCUGUCGCACCCGAGUCGGCAUCUACUCCGGAUAGCCAGGACAGCACAUACAGGCCUAGCAACCCUGUAGCACUGUCUACACCUCCACUGGCGCAUUUUUCUAUGCCCACAAGCACCCCUAUCUCAACACAUACAUUGGGACACACCCAGAAAUUUUCUUUUCGCCAGAACGACCUUCCGAAAGAAAUAUCGUUUCGGGGAAACCAGGAGAUUCCGAUGUUGUUGAGAUACUGACCCGAUACCGAGCACGUGUGAAACUAGCCUCUGUUGCAGCAGACGACCCGGCCGAAUCUGUAGUAGACCAAAGAGCGAUUCAAUUCCUCCCCUUCGUCAUUCGAGGCCAAGCCUAUGACACUCUAGUGGAACUGGUUAGUGGUACUCUCGAAUGGCGAUCGGCACACCGGUUGACCGCACUCCGGAAUGCAGGACAAGUUGUCAGGCCACGAGCACCGGCAACUUGGGAUGAAUACUGUCAAGCUUUCACCUUUCAUUUCUCCGCGCCCAACCGCAUUGCGAUACUAGCUAGAGAAAUAGCCGUUCUCAGGCAGGAAGGAGAGACGACAGUGGACGGGUUUGCGCUCAAAGUGACUCAGGCCCGCACACGCCUCCUUGCAGAGGCUGCUCGCUCAGGUCCCUCCCACAUUAGCCACUACGAACACGCAUGGGACGUUUUCAUGACUGCCACAUUUGAGAACGGCCUGAAACCUCACAUUAGAGUAGAGUGUGUUCGAGAGGACCCCCCAAACUCAUUUCAGGACGCAAGACUUCGCGCGAAAAAACACGAGGCAAAUAAUCUGAGAGGCGUAGCGUCACCCAUAUCCGACACCGUAUCUGCUGUCGCGUACCCUGAACCCCCACAGCUGAAGCAGACUGUGUCCUCAAACACGGCGGUCGAUAGCACACCAUUAGCUGAAGAAACUCAUGUAGCACAGGAUGCCCGAGUUGAUUUAGCCCCGUAUGUGCAUGACAGUAGCAAAUCGAGGGAAUCAUUUUUUCCUCGGGUGAGAGGGGGUGAUGUGACGUCCGUUCAAGAUUUUAGCAGUAAUUCUGAGACAUCGGUAACAGAUUCUGCCCAGGCACCGUUUCAUAGUCGGUCAAGUAGCAAAGCAGGGAAAAAUAGGAAGAACAAACGCACUCGUGCGCCGACUUCUAAGUUAGCCCCGCAAGCUGAAUUUGUACUGACUGGUAGUAUGCCAUUUAAUCAUAACACGGAAAGACGUGCCUCUGUUUCAAGUGCAACGAGUGGUGGACCCACUUAUGCGGCGUUUCAUGCGUCAGCACUGUGUAAAUAUCCACAACAUCCGAAUGCGUUAAAUUCGUCCUCCAAGAGAGUGCGAAUUCCUGCCCGAGUUUGUAAUCACGCUGUGUCUGACCUCACUAUCGACACAGCAGCUGAUGUACCGUGUAUAUCAGCGUCUAUUAUUAAAUCGCGUCCAGUCCUGGAACGUUUACCUGUGAAACCUGUGCCUCCUGGCGCAAUUCAGCUGAAUAGUUCAGAUGGCUCAGCGUUAGAAAUCCUAGGAUACAUACGUUUUAAGCUCACACUGGGAGAUAUCACACUACCAGUGGAGGCCCUCGUGUUGCCCAACCUAGGUCCGGAUAAGAUGUUGCUCGAUAAUAGCAUUAUGAAUGCCUUUGGUGCCGUCCUUGAUUGGUGCGGUGAGCAACUUUCGUUUAAAAAUUCAACACGAAAAAUUCCGGCAACUCACAGACGUACGAAUAGUCAAGUGGACACCAAUAAUGAUGCCCCAGCGCAAAUUUCCAUAGUGACGCUUGACCCAUCGAUAGGAGCGGUGCCCGUAUAUCUCUCUAAGAGAUUAUGCAUCCCCCCCGAAAGUGAAAUGGCAGUAGACGUCGUGACAAAACACGCACCACAGGCAAACACGCCUGCGUUGGUCGAGCCACGGAUCGUCACUUCCUAAGACAUCGAAACGUCUGAAAAUAUACCCGAAGCGUUCCGUACAAUCGUAGUCGCUAGAACGGUAUGCAAUUGGUCAGCAAAGGACAAGUCCGCUGCAGUACAAGUUGCUAAUCCAUCCAAACGACACGUUCACAUUGCACGCGACACUAUUUUGGGGUACAUUUCGCCAGUAAAAUCGGUUGCCGAUAAAACAGUUAGCGCUGUCAAUAGCGACCAAACCACAUUCCGACACAAGCGAGACGAGUUGAAACGAGCCAUGAAAAAAGCGUUCACGAACACUACAUUUACUCCUCAUCAAUGCUCGCAAGUCUUGGAUUCAUGCACGAAAUACCGUAAUGUGUU